AUGAAGGUUCUUCUUGUUCUCUCCCAUCCAGAGCCGCGUUCUCUGAUCUGCAGCUUGCACAAACUCAUCCGCGACGAGUUGGAACAACAAGGCCAUGAGACCCAAACCUCUGAUCUCUAUCGCAUGAAAUGGAAAUCACAUGUCGACCGGGACGACUUCACUGAUCUAGCAACGGAUGCCCGGCUAAAGAUCACCACAGCCUCCUCUUCAAGUUAUGCUUCCGACAGCCUGACAGAAGAUGUAAAGACGGAGCAAACCAAGAUUCUUUGGGCAGACACUGUCAUCUUCGUAUUCCCUAUCUGGUGGUUCGGCUUUCCAGCAAUCCUCAAGGGCUGGAUCGAUCGGGUCUUUACAGGCGGCCUUGCAUACAACAUAAGGCAGCCCGACCAGAAGCAACAGACUAGUCGGGGUCGGAGAUGUCUCGAAGGGAAGCGGGCAAUGUUAGUAACAACAUUGGGAGGCCAGGAAUCGGCCUACUCCGCGCGGGGCUACCAAGGCCCCAUUGACGAUAUUCUUUUCCCUAUCCACCACGGGGUACUGCAUUAUCCGGGAUUCCAGGUGCUGCGUCCAAUCGUAGUAUUCCAAGCAGAUUCACUCGAUGAAGCGGGCUUUGAUCUUCUGGCUACCGAGGUACGCGAAAGGAUGCAAAAUCUGGGUAGCACCGCGCCUAUUCCAUACCGGGCUUACAAGGGCGGUGACUACUUGACUCCGGAUAUGACGUUGCGAGACGGCCUUGGGCGCGAGGGGGCUGUUGGCUUUGCACUACAUGUCGAGUGA